GCCGUGAUUUUCCUCACCUGGAAACACAUCCUUUUGUUGAUCCUUAGGUUGAGAUGAUGAUGAUGGUGGUGGUGGUAGCAUUCUGGUCUUCCUGUGUGGGUUCAUAGUAACAAAGUUGUUACCUUUAGAUGGUGAGCAGCCCAUUUGAGAGGUUGUUACUCAAACAUGCGGCGUAUAUCCAGGGUUUUCAGAUAAAAUCCUCCUUGAAAUGACGUAGCAGAUUGCUAACACUCCGAGCUUUAGAUGACAGUUGUGGUCUACUCUCCCGAGGUCCAGAGGAGUGAAGCAAAACACUGUUAAAUCCAUUUUAAAAAUCACAUGCAGUGAAUCCAAAAACUGGAGAAAUAUCCUCUAAAGCGUUCCAUGCAGCUCCGAAGUGCCUGUCAACAAGAACAGGAGGCUAAAAGGAUUAGGACGGCUUUCAGUGAACAGUGAACAGAUGUCACAGCGGUGGCGCCAUCUUGUUGUGGUCGUCACUGUUGCAGCCCACAGUGUGAAAGAUGAUGAAGAGAAGACACAGUGACAGCCCGACUCCCCACGAAGAAACGGUGUCAGUUCCACUCACCCAAGACGGAGACGUCCGGCCUAAGAAACAGUGGAACCACAGCCCACAGAGAGGGUCGGUUCAGAUGAGCCUUUUCAGAAACUCAUGGAGGCCAACUGUCUUCAUUCAGGGGACAGAAAUAGCAGCAUACUUGAGGAUUUUCGAAGAUGAAUUGUUAAAACAUUUACUGUGGAAGGACUGCUGCUAUUUACUGGCAGACAAGUAUCUUCUGGCCAUGGUCUUUGAGUACUUCAAGAGAUGCAGCUUCACCAUUGAAGAAUACACCAAGGAGAACUUCUUCAUUGCCUUGUUUCUAGCUAACAACAUGGAGGAGGAAGACGGGUACACUAUGGUUGACAUAUUGUCUUGGGCGCUGGGCAACAACUGGAGGCAGAAGGUUUCUGACUUUGUGAGGCAGCGAGACAAACUGUGGGCCAGAAUGAACUACAGAGCUGUGGUCACCCGGCGUUCCUGUGAAGAGAUAAUGGACUUGAUUCCUGCUGAGUUUCUGUGGAGGCGAGAACGGCCUGAACACCACGGGGGUGUUCAGAGGUAUUGUGAGUACGAGCCCCUUUCUCUACUCGGUCCGAGUGCCUCCCCGGUUUUCUGCGCCCGCUGCUACACCAAUCGCUUUCCUGGAAACAAUCCAGUGAGAAGCUCCGCCUCAGACUCCAGCAGCGAGGAUGAGCAUGAGUCACCACACCAGGCCUUUUACAGGCUUAACUCUGAUGGAAACCUCUUCACAGGCUUGAAUUGAUACAAGGAUAAAACGGUUAUUUAUUUCAACUUAUUUAAACCCAUAUUUAUUUAUGCUAUUUAUUAUUGUGUUCUGAGUUCUGCCUACUGGUAUGUUUACUAAUAUUUGGAAAGUGUAUGUUCAGUAUA